AUGCAUUUGACUCUGGGUGUGGCUUUGAGCCUUCUGGUUUCAUCUGUUAUGGUGAGCGCCCAGACGUACACCAGCUGCAACCCGAUCAAGAAAACCUGCCCUGCGGAUCCCGCACUUGGAAAAUCAGAUCAGACCUUUGCAUUCACCUCGGGUGCAUCCUCCGCCUUCACGGCGUCUGGCUCUGUCACCUAUGAUUCUACUAAUGGUGCCUCUUUCACGGUCGCCAAGAAGGGUGAUGGCCCUCUGAUCCAGUCCAACUUCUACAUCAUGUUUGGCCGGGUUGAAUACACAAUCAAAGCUGCCCCUGGAACUGGAAUCGUUAGCAGUGCUGUCCUCCAGUCAGAUGACCUUGACGAGAUCGACUUUGAGUGGCUUGGAGGAGAUAACACUCAGGUUCAGACCAACUACUUUGGCAAAGGUGACACCAGCACCUAUGACCGUGGUGCCUUCAGCGCCAAUUCUGGAAAUCACGAUGAGUUCCACACCUAUUCCGUCGACUGGACGAGUAGCCAGACUGUGUGGGCCAUUGAUGGCACCAAUAUCCGCGUUCUCACUCCGGCAACUGCGGAUAGCAAUCAGUACCCACAGACACCAAUGAUGAUCAAAGUUGGUGUGUGGGCUGGUGGUGACUCGAGCAAUCCCAGUGGCACCAUUCAAUGGGCGGGUGGCGAGACGGACUAUAGCAAGGGUCCCUUCACCAUGUACAUGAAGUCGAUGACCGUGACCGACUAUUCCACCGGAAACUCGUACAGCUACAGCGACAAGACUGGCACAUGGGAGUCCAUCACCUCAGACGGAGGCGAGGUCAAUGGCAAUAAGGCCGAUGAACCUACAGGAACCCAGUCCGCACCAUCUGUGACCGCGACAGUGAGCAUUCCCAUCCCGUGGGAUGGAACUCACAAGGAGACUGCAACCUGGACCACCCCGGAUACUUGGCCUUGGGUUGCCACUGAUUCACCAACCGCCGGAUCGACUGGUAGCGCUGGCUGGGAAUCUGGUUCUGGUCAUAAAUUUGCACCACCCACUGGGGGGUCUUUGGGUGAGCACUUCCCCCCACCCAAUACCCCGAUGGACUCAAAAACUAAGACCGGAUUACUUCCACAGUCUACCUCCCCCUCUAUAUCAGCACCCUUGGCUUCUUCGCAGGCUUCAUUUUUCCCAUCUGGUUUUGAGACGUCUUUGGGCAACAUGACUAGAGAUGCAACCAGUUCCGCUUCGAAGAGCAUUCCGACUCAGCAGAAGUCUACUGCCAACACUGGAUCUACUCCAACCAAAACCUCGCACGUCGCUCCCUCGGUUAAUAGCGCAGUGAGCCUGACCGUGGCCCCCGCUGCCAUCGGCAUUCUUUAUGCAUUCCUUGGCGGAGUUUUCACUUCGCUUUAA